CAAAGCGUCUGGAUACGAGUAGGGUAGCUCUGCUGGCUUCUGCAAAGCUAUCUAACGCUUGUUGAGUGCGGUUUGAAUAAAGAAUAUCGAGAACAUACUUCAUUUUUUAUUAUAGAGUCAAGCAUACAUUCAUCAGGACAGGAUGUCAAAAUUUAGCUUCAGGAGAAGCGAAAAAAAAGCAUUUAGGCACAUAGCUCAUGGCUUGGUCCCUGCCGCCACCAUUGCACCCAGGCCAGCUGUGCCGCGUACCCCUCCCCCCCGCAGCCCCUACCCCUCUCCGGAGAGACCCAGGUCUGCCUUGGCAGCUGCCAUCUUGUCAUCAUCGUUGAUUGGUCAGACCUUCGUAGUUCCCCCCGGACGCCCCAGGUCCUUCUCAGAGAGUGACUGCUCACAGGCCCUGACCACUUUAGAGCCUUACGCCACCACUGCUCUGUACACCAGGGACAAAUGGCCAGAGUCUCUCUCUUGCCGACCUCGCUUGCCCUCCCCCGCACGCUCUGAAGACAAAUAUGAGCAUGACGAUGAUGAGGAGGAGGACAUAGAGCAAGAGGAGCUGUCUGAUGAGGAACCCUGUCAUGUGUACCAGUCUCUGGAUCGCCAAAGGAGGAGGUCUUCCAGUGACAGAGAGGACCUCUACGCCCACCCUGUAAAGCAGGGCCGGGUUCAGUCGGAGGACGAGGUGGAGACUGAUGACUCUGCCUUUGAUAUAGUGUCACCUUUACCCGCAGGUGUAGAUGAAGUCCAACAGUCAGCAGUUAAUAAGUCUGACGUUUUGUCUGCUCCCGUGACGCCCUCACCCAAUCUGAAGCAGAGGCCUUUGUCGUCGUCGUCUCGUGGAGCCAUGCCUUCCCCAGAUUUAAGCAAAGAAAGCAUCAGCACUUCAAAGAAGAGGACCAAGAAAUCAGGAAUCAGGAGUGAUGAAAACUUAGAGGAAAGCGGUGCCUAUAGAGAGGUUCUGAAGAUGCAGCAGGACCUGGUUCGGUCUUUAACCAAACAGAACCAGGUCCUUGGGGCAGACAAAAGGGAUCUGGAGCAACGGUGUACAGAACAGAGUUUUCAACUGCAGCAGAGCUUCCAGAGGAUCCAGAGUCUUGAGAAGGAAUUCAGCAAGGCCCCUGAAACCAUGGCAGGUCAACAGGCUGAAUUACUCAAUCUGAGGCACCAGGCCCAGGAGUUGGUGGAUGAGAACGACAGCCUGAAGAUGACCGUCCAUCGACUGAACGUGGAGCUCAGCCGCUACCAGACACGCUUCAGACCGCUGACCAAGGAAGAGGGCUCCAGGACCCGUGGCCUGCCACCCAAAGGACCUGCCCCUCCAUGGCUGCUGGAUAUGAAGUAUCUGUCUCCAUUGUUGCUGGCUUAUGAAGAUCGGUUGACUGAGAAAGAAUCUCUUCUGGAGGCCUUGGAGGAUGAUCUGCAUAGGUUCCGGGGUCGUGUGGAAGAGGUGGUUCAGGAGAAUGAGAAGUUACACCAGGAGCUGAAAGAGUCUGGAGGAGUCAGUCACAAGGAGUGGAGACAGCUUCAGGAGCAGGCUCGCUUGGUACUACAGGAGAACCAGGUCCUGAUACAGCAGUUGGAGGUGCAGCACGCCAAGGCCACAGACAGCCAUGGACGACACCUAACUGAAGUCUCUAAGCUGUCUAAGCAGCUGAUGUUGCUGGAGGCAGAGAAGCAGAAGCUGGAGCAGGAGUUGGAGGACACGAAGAUGGAGCUCCAGGCUCUGCAGACGGACCACCUGCAGGCUCGCUGUCAUCUUGAGAACUCCGUCAGCUUGGACGAGCACCAUUCUGUCACAACUAAGCUAAAACGUCAGCUGGAGGCCGAUUCCAGCCGUCAGCAGAGUGAGUUGGAAGAACUACAGCGGAGAUUGUCUGUUCUCCAGGCUGAGAAGAAGAGUCUGGUGUUGGACAAAACCAACCUCACCGCCGACAUUAAGGCUCUGGAAGCCGAUCUGGAGGCGUCUCGUCAUGCUAACAGAAAAGCCCAGAGGCGAAUCGGCCUGUUGAAGCAGCAGAUGCAGACCUCUCAGGAGAAGGAGAUGACAGCCCAUCAUUACCUGGCUUCCAUUGUAGCUCUGGCUGAGAAGACCACGCAGGAGAGAGAUCAGCUGGUGUACAUGGCCUCUUCUCUGGAACACGACAAACAGGGCGUCAUCACCAGGGUCUUGCAGGGCACACUGCGUCUCGGAAAGCUCCAGGAGAAGGUCAAGGUGUACAAGCAGCAGGCAGCCUCCAGUCUGGGGGUUCUGGGCCAGAGGCUGGCAGAGCAGGAGGAGGACUUUGCAGGGAGGGCAGCCUCCUACCAGAGAGAAAUUCUUCACCUUCAGAAACUGGUGCGAGACAAACAGCAGGACCUGGAUGGAGUGUUGCAGCAGAAAAGGGAGGUGGAAGGAGAGUUGGAGGUGGUGUGGGAGGCAGCAACCAGGGAGAACCAGAGGAUUAGAGAGACCCUCCAGGACUUCAGCCCAUCGCUCCACUCCAUCAGUCCCACCAAAGGGCACCAGGACAGGGGUCAAAGUGACAGACUCUCCCCUAGCUGGCUGUCCCAAAUGCAGGGGGAGUUGUUCUUCCCCCAACUGAUACCAAACAGCUCUGACCCUCCUCUCUUCGCCUCCUCUCCCCAGAGCAGCGGUCCGGCUGGUCUCCAGCGCAGCCCCAUGUUGGAGUCAGACUCGGACCAGCAUCAAAACCCCUCCUCGGAUGAGAGCGAGAAGAACGCCAUGGACUUCUAUUCCUAGAUCUGUUUGGUUCAUCCACUGUUUGACUGGAGACGGUUUUGACAGGGACUGGUUUUCCACAUCUUUUAUCUUCCAAAGACAAAUGCCCCUCUGAUCCUAAAAU